AGGAAGAAUUUAGAAAUUUGGGAAAUACUAAUUUAAAGCUACUUUUAAAAAAAACAAAAAAACAUCUAAGUUUUGUGAAUUUGCAUCACUCAGUGGACUGAAAGUGUUUAAACCUGAUAUUUUUUAAUGUUGCUGUUUUCAAGAAGACUGCAUUGGAAUGAGAGGUGACACUAUGCUAGCAACUAAUAAAAUAAUUUGGACUUACCUUCUAGCAUACCUCAUUGUACUUUGCCAAUGGAGUCUACAGUCUACCACAGAGAACACAUCAUCGAGAGGUACAAGUCAAGAAACAUCAGCAACGACAGAAAUCACAACAACCAUAUAUUAUACAACUACAAACCAAUCACUGCCUACAAGCAGUGAUCACAACACAAGCUCAGUAACUUUAGUCUCCACAUCUAAAACAUCAGUAAAUUCUCAAACAGUUCAAGAAGGAUCAACAAGAACUUCAACCGAGAGCACAACUGUUAAACAAUCAACUAGUGAGAACAGUGUUUCAAGCAGUGUAACAAAGUCUAAUACGACAGAAACCUCUGAAGCAACAGGCAAAACAUCCUCCAUACCUGCUAAUAGUACAAGCAGUCAUGAAGUUUCGAACCCAGAGACAUCCAGUCCUAGUAUAAACACUAAAAACAUCAGUCAUGAGCAAAUGACUAGUACAGAAUCUCCUACAUUAAUACAAACAUCAACAUUGGCAUCACCUUCUGCAAUACAGAGUACUGAAGCAGUGUCUAUGUCAACUAUAAAUUCAACAUCAACACAAAGCACACCUAGUGAAACACCCAGUCCAGUGACAAGGGACAUGUCCAGUCAAAGUACCAGGCGUGAGCAAUCCACCAAUACAGAGUCUCCUUCAUCAAUUCAAACAUCAACUUCUGCAUUACCUACCACACUCCUUACAACUAAUAGCCAUAGUGUUACUGAAAGAGAAGCUGGCUCUACAACACCUCCAACAUCAACAACAUCCCAAAGCUCACAAACUGAAACAUCCAGUCAUGUCACCUCUGGUAUAACAACUAAAGGUACAAUUGGUGAGCAAUCAACUCUUACAGAGUAUCCUACAUCCAUACAAACAUUGACUUUGUUAAAUUCUGACAUCCACAGCACUACCAGUAAUGGGGUUAUUAACACUGAAGCACUGUCUACAACAGCUCCAAUCCCAACAUCAACACAAAGUACACCUAAUGAAUCAUCCACUCUUCUGCCCUGGAGCAUAACCACAAAAAGUAUCAGUCCUGAACAACCAACUAGUACAGAAUCUCCAACAUCAAUACACACCUCAACAUCUGCAUUCACUUCUGCAAUUCACAGCACUACCAGUCAUGGAAUUACACAAAGCACACUUAGUGAAUCAUCCAGUCCGGUGACCUCUUCCACAACUAUUGAAAGUACCAGACAUGAGCAAUCCACCAGUGAAGAGUCUCCUUCAUCAAUUCAAACAUCAACUUCUGCCCUACCUACCACACUCCUUAUAACUACAAGCCAUGGAGUUACCCAAACAGAAGCUGGCUCUACAACACCUCCAACAUCAACAUCAUCCCAAAGCUCACAAACUGAAAUAUCUAGUCAUGUCACCUCUGGUAUAACAACUAAAGGUACCAUUGGUGAACAAUCAACUCUUACAGAGUCUCCCACAUCCAUACAAACAUUGACUUCAUUAACAUCUGCAAUCCACAGCACUACCAGUAACACUGAAUCCCUGUCUACAACAGCUCCGAUCCCAAUAUCAACACAAAGUACACCUAGUGAAUCAUCCACUCUUCUGACUUCCAGCAUAACCACAAAAAGUAUCAGCCCUGAACAAUUAACUAGUACAGAAUCUCCAAAAUCAAUUCUCACCUCAACAUCUGCAUUCACUUCUGCAAUUCACAGCACUACCAGUUAUGGAGCUACACAGAGCACACUUAGUGAAACAUCCAGUCCGGUGACCUCUUCCACAACUAUUGAAAGUACCAGACAUGAGCAAUCCACCAGUGCAGAGUCUCCUUCAUCAAUUCAAACAUCAACUUCUGCCAUACCUACCACACACCUUAUAACUACAAGCCACGGAGUUACCCAAACAGAAGCUGGGUCUACAACACCUGCAACAUCAACAUCAUCCCAAAGCUCACAAACGGAAACAUCCAGUCAUGUCACCUCUGUUAUAACAUCUAAAGGUACCAUUGGUGAGCAAUCAUCCACUCUUGUGACCUCCAGCAUAACCACAAAAAGUACCAGCCCUGAACAAUCAACUAGUACAGAAUCUCCAACAUCAAUACACACCUCAACAUCUGCAUUCACUUCUGCAAUUCACAGCACUACUAGUCAUGGAGCUACACAGAGCACACUUAGUGAAACAUCCAGUCCGGUGACCUCUUCCACAACUAUUCAAAGUACCAGACAUGAGCAAUCCACAAGUGCAGAGUCUCCUUCAUCAAUUCAAACAUCGACUUCUGCCAUACCUACCACACUCCUUAUAACUACAAGCCAUGGUGUUAUCCAAACAGAAGCUGGCUCUACAACACCUCCAACAUCAUCCCAAAGCUCACAUACUGAAACAUCCAGUCAUGUUACCUCUGGUAUAACAACCAAAGGUACCAUUGGUGAGCAAUCAACUCUUACAGAGUCUCCUACAUCUAUACAAACAUUGUCUUCAUUAACUUCUGCAAUCCACAGCACAAACAGUAAUGAGGUUACUAACACUGAAGCCCUGUCUACAACAUCUCCAAUCCCAACAUCAACACAAAGUACACCUAAUGAAUCAUCCACUCUUCUGACCUCCAGCAUAACCAAAAACAGUAUCAGCCCUGAACAAUCAACUAGCACAGAAUCACUUACAUCAAUACACACAUCAACAUCUGCAUUCACUUCUGCAAUUCACAGCACUACCGGUCAUGAAGUUACACAAAGCACACUUAGUGAAACAUCCAAUCUGGUGACCCCUUCCACAACUACUCAAAGUACCAUAAAUGAGCAAUCCACCAGUGCAGAGUCUCCUUCAUCAAUUCAAACAUCAUCUCAUGCCAUACCUACCACACUCCUUAUUACUACAAGCCAUGGAGUUACCCAAACAGAAGCUGGCUCUACAACACCCCCAACAUCAACAUCAUCCCAAAGCUCACAAACUGAAACAUCCAGUCAUGUCACCUCUGGUAUAACUACUAAAGGUGCCAUUGGUACCCUUGGUAUCAGCCCUGAACAAUCAACUAGUACAGAAUUUCCAACAUCAAUACACACCUCAACAUCUGCAUACACUUCUGCAAUUCAGAGCACACUUAGUGAAACAUCCAGGUCGGUGACCUCUUCCACAAUUAUUCAAAGUACCAUAAAUGAGCAAUCCACCAGUGCAGAGUCUCCUUCAUCAAUUCAAACAUCAUCUCAUGCCAUACCUACCACACUCCUUAUUACUACAAGCCAUGGAGUUACCCAAACAGAAGCUGGCUCUACAACACCAUCAACAUCAUCCCAAAGCUCACAAACUGAAACAUCCAGUCAUGUCACCUCUGGUAUAACUACUAAAGGUGCCAUUGGUACCCUUGGUAUCAGCCCUGAACAAUCAACUAGUACAGAAUUUCCAACAUCAAUACACACCUCAACAUCUGCAUACACUUCUGCAAUUCAGAGCACACUUAGUGAAACAUCCAGGUCGGUGACCUCUUCCACAAUUAUUCAAAGUACCAGACAUGAGCAAUCCACCAGUGCAGAGUCUCCUUCAUCAAUUCAAACUUUAACUUCUGCCAUACCUACCACACUCCUUUUAUCUACAACUUAUGAAGUUGCCCAAACAGACGCUGGCUCUACAACACCUCCAAUAUUAACAUCAUCCCAAAGUUCACAAACUGAAACAUCCAGUCAUGUCACCUCUGGUAUAACAACUAAAGGUACCAUUGGUAUCAGCCCUGAACAAUCAACUAGUACAGAAUUUCCAACAUCAAUACACACCUCAACAUCUGAAUACACUUCUGCAAUUCAGAGCACACUUAGUGAAACAUCCAGUUCGGUGACCUCUUCCACAACUAUUCAAAGCACCAGACAUGAGCAAUCCACCAGUGCAGAGUCUCCUUCAUCAAUUCAAACAUCGGCUUCUGCCAUACCUACCACACUCCUUAUAACUACAAGCCAUGGUGUUACCCAAACAGAAGCUGGAUCUACAACACCUCCAACAUCAACAUCAUCCCAAAGCUCGCAAACUGAAACAUCCAGUCAUGUCACCUCUGGUAUAACUACUAAAGGUACCAUUGGUGAGCAAUCAACUGUUACAGAGUCUCCUACAUCUAAACAAACAUUGACUUUGUUAACUUCUGCCAUACACAGCACUACCAUUAAUGGGGUUACUAACACUGAAGACCUGUCUACAACAGCUCCAAUCCCAACAUCAACACAAAGUACACCUACUGAAUCAUCCACACUUGUGACCUCCAGCGUAACCACAAAAAGUAUCAGCCCUGAACAAUCAACUAGUACAGAAUCUCCUACAUCAAAUCACACCUCAACAUCUGCAUUCACUUCUGCAAUUCACAGCACUACCAGUUAUGGAGUUACACAAAGCACACUUAGUGAAACAUCCAGUCCGGUGACCACUUCCACAACUAUUCAAAGUACCAGACAUGAGCAAUCCAGCAGUGCAGAGUCUCCUUCAUCAAUUCAAACAUCGACUUCUGCCAUACCUACCACACUCCUUAUUACUACAAGCCAUGGAGUUACCCAAACAGAAGCUGGCUCUACAACACCUCCAACAUCAACAUCAUCCCAAAGCUCACAUACUGAAACAUCCAGUCAUGUUCCCUCUGGUAUAACAACCAAAGGUACCAUUGGUGAGCAAUCAACUCUUACAGAGUCUACUACAUCUAUACAAACAUUGUCUUCAUUAACUUCUGCAAUCCACAGCACAACCAGUAAUGGGGUUACUAACACUGAAGCCCUGUCUACAACAUCUCCAACCCCAACAUCAACACAAAGUACACCUAAUGAAUCAUCCACUCUUCUGACCUCCAGCAUAACCAAAAAAAGUAUCAGCCCUGAACAAUCAACUAGCACAGAAUCACUUACACCAAUAAACACAUCAACAUCUGCAUUCACUUCUGCAAUUCACAGCACUACCGGUCAUGGAGUUACACAAAGCACACUUAGUGAAACAUCCAAUCUGGUGACCCCUUCCACAACUAUUCAAAGUACCAUAAAUGAGCAAUCCACCAGUGCAGAGUCUCCUUCAUCAAUUCGAACAUCAUCUUCUGCCAUACCUACCACACUCCUUAUUACUACAAGCCAUGGAGUUACCCAAACAGAAGCUAGCUCUACAACACCUCCAACAUCAACAUCAUCCCAAAGCUCACAAACUGAAACAUCCAGUCAUGUCACCUCUGGUAUAACAACUAAAGGUACCAUUGGUACCCUUGGUAUCAGCCCUGAACAAUCAACUAGUACAGAAUUUCCAACAUCAAUACACACCUCAACAUCUGCAUACACUUCUGCAAUUCAGAGCACACUUAGUGGAACAUCCAGUUCGGUGACCUCUUCCACAAUUAUUCAAAGUACCAGACAUGAGCAAUCCACCAGUGCAGAGUCUCCUUCAUCAAUUCAAACAUCGGCUUCUGCCAUACCUACCACACUCCUUAUAACUACAAGCCAUGGUGUUACCCAAACAGAAGCUGGAUCUACAACACCUCCAACAUCAACAUCAUCCCAAAGCUCGCAAACUGAAACAUCCAGUCAUGUCACCUCUGGUAUAACUACUAAAGGUACCAUUGGUGAGCAAUCAACUGUUACAGAGUCUCCUACAUCUAAACAAACAUUGACUUUGUUAACUUCUGCCAUACACAGCACUACCAGUAAUGGGGUUACUAACACUGAAGACCUGUCUACAACAGCUCCAAUCCCAACAUCAACACAAAGUACACCUACUGAAUCAUCCACACUUGUGACCUCCAGCGUAACCACAAAAAGUAUCAGCCCUGAACAAUCAACUAGUACAGAAUCUCCUACAUCAAAUCACACCUCAACAUCUGCAUUCACUUCUGCAAUUCACAGCACUACCAGUUAUGGAGUUACACAAAGCACACUUAGUGAAACAGCCAGUCCGGUGACCACUUCCACAACUAUUCAAAGUACCAGACAUGAGCAAUCCAGCAGUGCAGAGUCUCCUUCAUCAAUUCAAACAUCGACUUCUGCCAUACCUACCACACUCCUUAUUACUACAAGCCAUGGAGUUACCCAAACAGAAGCUGGCUCUACAACACCUCCAACAUCAACAUCAUCCCAAAGCUCACAUACUGAAACAUCCAGUCAUGUUCCCUCUGGUAUAACAACCAAAGGUACCAUUGGUGAGCAAUCAACUCUUACAGAGUCUACUACAUCUAUACAAACAUUGUCUUCAUUAACUUCUGCAAUCCACAGCACAACCAGUAAUGGGGUUACUAACACUGAAGCCCUGUCUACAACAUCUCCAACCCCAACAUCAACACAAAGUACACCUAAUGAAUCAUCCACUCUUCUGACCUCCAGCAUAACCAAAAAAAGUAUCAGCCCUGAACAAUCAACUAGCACAGAAUCACUUACAUCAAUAAACACAUCAACAUCUGCAUUCACUUCUGCAAUUCACAGCACUACCGGUCAUGGAGUUACACAAAGCACACUUAGUGAAACAUCCAAUCUGGUGACCCCUUCCACAACUAUUCAAAGUACCAUAAAUGAGCAAUCCACCAGUGCAGAGUCUCCUUCAUCAAUUCGAACAUCAUCUUCUGCCAUACCUACCACACUCCUUAUUACUACAAGCCAUGGAGUUACCCAAACAGAAGCUAGCUCUACAACACCUCCAACAUCAACAUCAUCCCAAAGCUCACAAACUGAAACAUCCAGUCAUGUCACCUCUGGUAUAACAACUAAAGGUACCAUUGGUACCCUUGGUAUCAGCCCUGAACAAUCAACUAGUACAGAAUUUCCAACAUCAAUACACACCUCAACAUCUGCAUACACUUCUGCAAUUCAGAGCACACUUAGUGGAACAUCCAGUUCGGUGACCUCUUCCACAAUUAUUCAAAGUACCAGACAUGAGCAAUCCACCAGUGCAGAGUCUCCUUCAUCAAUUCAAACAUCGGCUUCUGCCAUACCUACCACACUCCUUAUAACUACAAGCCAUGGUGUUACCCAAACAGAAGCUGGAUCUACAACACCUCCAACAUCAACAUCAUCCCAAAGCUCGCAAACUGAAACAUCCAGUCAUGUCACCUCUGGUAUAACUACUAAAGGUACCAUUGGUGAGCAAUCAACUGUUACAGAGUCUCCUACAUCUAAACAAACAUUGACUUUGUUAACUUCUGCCAUACACAGCACUACCAGUAAUGGGGUUACUAACACUGAAGACCUGUCUACAACAGCUCCAAUCCCAACAUCAACACAAAGUACACCUACUGAAUCAUCCACACUUGUGACCUCCAGCGUAACCACAAAAAGUAUCAGCCCUGAACAAUCAACUAGUACAGAAUCUCCUACAUCAAAUCACACCUCAACAUCUGCAUUCACUUCUGCAAUUCACAGCACUACCAGUUAUGGAGUUACACAAAGCACACUUAGUGAAACAGCCAGUCCGGUGACCACUUCCACAACUAUUCAAAGUACCAGACAUGAGCAAUCCAGCAGUGCAGAGUCUCCUUCAUCAAUUCAAACAUCGACUUCUGCCAUACCUACCACACUCCUUAUUACUACAAGCCAUGGAGUUACCCAAACAGAAGCUGGCUCUACAACACCUCCAACAUCAACAUCAUCCCAAAGCUCACAUACUGAAACAUCCAGUCAUGUUCCCUCUGGUAUAACAACCAAAGGUACCAUUGGUGAGCAAUCAACUCUUACAGAGUCUACUACAUCUAUACAAACAUUGUCUUCAUUAACUUCUGCAAUCCACAGCACAACCAGUAAUGGGGUUACUAACACUGAAGCCCUGUCUACAACAUCUCCAACCCCAACAUCAACACAAAGUACACCUAAUGAAUCAUCCACUCUUCUGACCUCCAGCAUAACCAAAAAAAGUAUCAGCCCUGAACAAUCAACUAGCACAGAAUCACUUACAUCAAUAAACACAUCAACAUCUGCAUUCACUUCUGCAAUUCACAGCACUACCGGUCAUGGAGUUACACAAAGCACACUUAGUGAAACAUCCAAUCUGGUGACCCCUUCCACAACUAUUCAAAGUACCAUAAAUGAGCAAUCCACCAGUGCAGAGUCUCCUUCAUCAAUUCGAACAUCAUCUUCUGCCAUACCUACCACACUCCUUAUUACUACAAGCCAUGGAGUUACCCAAACAGAAGCUAGCUCUACAACACCUCCAACAUCAACAUCAUCCCAAAGCUCACAAACUGAAACAUCCAGUCAUGUCACCUCUGGUAUAACAACUAAAGGUACCAUUGGUACCCUUGGUAUCAGCCCUGAACAAUCAACUAGUACAGAAUUUCCAACAUUAAUACACACCUCAACAUCUGCAUACACUUCUGCAAUUCAGAGCACACUUAGUGGAACAUCCAGUUCGGUGACCUCUUCCACAAUUAUUCAAAGUACCAGACAUGAGCAAUCCACCAGUGCAGAGUCUCCUUCAUCAAUUCAAACUUUAACUUCUGCCAUACCUACCACACUCCUUUUAUCUACAACUUAUGAAGUUACCCAAACAGACGCUGGCUCUACAACACCUCCAACAUCAACAUCAUCCCAAAGCUCACAAACUGAAACAUCCAGUCAUGUCACCUCUGGUAUAACAACUAAAGGUACCAUUGGUGAGCAAUCAACUCUUACAGAGUCUCCUACAUCUAUACAAACAUUGUCUUCAUUAACUUCUGCAAUCCACAGCACAACCAGUAAUGGGGUUACUAACACUGAAGCCCUGUCUAUAACAGCUCCAAUCCCAACAUCAACACAAAGUACACCUAAUGAAUCAUCCACUCUUCUGACCUCCAGCAUAACCACAAAAAGUAUCAGCCCUGAACAAUCAACUAGUACAGAAUCUCCAACAUCAAUACACACCUCAACAUCUGCAUUCACUUCUGCAAUUCACAGCACUACCAGUCAUGGAGCUACACAGAGCACACUUAGUGAAACAUCCAGUCCGGUGACCUCUUCCACAACUAUUCAAAGUACCAGACAUGAGCAAUCCACCAGUGCAGAGUCUCCUUCAUUAAUUCAAACAUCAUCUUCUGCCAUACCUACCACACUCCUUAUUACUACAAGCCAUGGAGUUACCCAAACAGAAGCUAGCUCUACAACACCUCCAACAUCAACAUCAUCCCAAAGCUCACAAACUGAAACAUCCAGUCAUGUCACCUCUGGUAUAACAACUAAAGGUACCAUUGGUGAGCAAUCAACUCUUACAGAGUCUCCUACAUCUAUACAAACAUUGACUUCGUUAACUUCUGCAAUCCACAGCAGUACCAGUAAUAAGGUUACUAACACUGAAGCCCUGUCUGCAACAGCUCCGAUCCCAACAUCAACACAAAGUACACCUAGUGAAUUAGCCACUCCUGUGACCUCCAGCGUACCCACAGAAAGUUUUAGCCCUGAAUCUUCACUAAUAACAUCAAACUCAGUUACAACUAAUAAAUCUACCAGUAUUACAUCCUCUGGCUUAACUACUACCAGUCUGAACACUUUCACAACAGCAACAACAAAACCACCUACAACAUGUCCUCCUUAUGCAAGUGGAGACUCCUGUGAGGUUGGAAAUCAAAACGUGGGCGUUGUAAUUGAUAAGAACAACGUUCCAAACAAAGUAGUGCACAUAUUGAUAUCAAUAAAUGAAGUAUUUAAUAGCAAUUUAGAAAACAAAUCGAGUGAAGAAUACCAAACUCUUUCAAAUACUAUUACCCAGAUUUUUGCUGAGAUAUACAGAGCAGCUGCUCCAUUGUACUUUGUGGGGGUUAUAAUCAAUGGCUUCAGUAGUGGAAGUGUUAUAGCUAACACUUCAGGAGUCUACGACUACCCCAACAACCAGACUGGUAUUGACUUUCUAAAUCAAAACCUGACUUCCCAAGUCCAACAAGAAUUUAACAGUACGGAAAUAACUGUAAACAACUCAACUGCCACAUUCUUGAAUGCAACGUCCGGCCCUUCUACAAUAUCAUCUGUAUCUGACCUGAAGACGUAUAUGGCGUGUAACACUAGCUUCGCAAAUUAUACAUUGCAAUGUAAUAGUGAGUCCUGUGUGUGCAUCGGGCCUUGCGAAGAUAAUCCAUUAAACUGCACAAAUGGAGGAAAUUGUACAAACACAAUGGAUGGACCACAGUGCAAAUGUCCGGCCCCGUAUUCUGGAACAUACUGUGAAAUUGAAACUACAACAAUUGCAAGUGAAUCUACAACUGUAACAACAGAAUCAUCACUUUCUACUGAAACAGUAACUUAUUCUCAGUUAGACACUUCACAUUUCACAGAAAACUUAACCCCAACUGAAGCUGAACCCUCAACAGCUACAGUAACUUCACAUUCUGCUGAAACAAGCACAUUUACUUACUCAGAACCAAGUGUAACUCACAUGGAGACAUCAUCUAUCACACAAACAUCAAAAUUAAAUCCGACAGAAUUUUCAACAAUCAAAUUUACAAGUACAGUUCUAUCAGAGUCAACAGUUGAAACACAAACUGCAAGUGAAAUUUUAAGUACGCAAGAAACCACCAUUGCAGGAGAAACUACAUAUUCCUCAAUUACAUCACAUUCUGUACCAUCUGAGACUGCAUUAAGUACAUCAACAGCUGCAGAAAGUGAGACGAGUGUUGCAAGUAAAGGAUUAACCACUUCCAGUACACAAGAAACAUCUUCAGCAAUAAACACGGAGUAUGUCCCAAGUACAGCCAGUCAAGCUUCAACAUCUACAAUUUUACCAUCAAGUCAAGACAGUAGUAUAUCAUCCGGUACUAUAACGUCGGGUAUAACCACAAAUAGUACUAGCCAUGAGCAGUCAAGCAGUAUAGAAUCUACUAUUAACACAGAAAGCGUAACAUCUAGUCGACCUACAACAAUCCAUCCCAUUUCACUUUCUUCAGCAUUGGAGACCACAUUGCCCGUGACAACUGAGACUAGUAUAUCAAGCAAAGAACCAACUUCCAUUACUCAGGAAACAUCUUCAUUAGCGGAAACUACAUCUUCCUCUGAGCCUGUCCCUAGUACUGCCAGUCAAGCAAGUACCCAGUCUGUAUCUUCCUCUACAUCAUCUGCAAUGUUACCAUCAAGUCACCACACAACUAGUGAAUCCACCAGCUUUUUAACUUCUGGUAUAACCACAAACAGUACUAGUCAUGAGCAAUCAAGUAGUAUAGAGUCUACUUCUAACACAGAAUCAUCUUCGGUAUCUACUACAAUCAGUCCCAUUUCACUUUCUUCAACAUUGGAGACUUCAUUAUCUUCUGUGACAACUGAGACUAGUAUAUCAAGCAAAGAACCAACUACAAUUACUCAGGAAGCAUCUUCGUUAGCAGAAACAACAUCUUCCUCUGAGUCUAUUCCUAGUACUGCCAGUCAAGCAAGCACCCAGUCUGUAUCUCAAUCUACAACAUCUCAAAUGUUACCAUCAAGUCACCACACAACUAGUGAAUCCACCAGCUUUAUAACUACUGGUAUAACCACAAACAGUACUAGUCGUGAGCAAUCAAGUAAUAUAGAGUCUACUUCUAACACAGAAUCGUCUUCUGCACCUACUACAAUCAGUCCCAUUUCACUUUCUUCAACAUUGGAGACUACAUUGACUACAUUAUCUCUAGUGACAACUGAGACUAGUAUAUCAAGCAAAGAACCAACUUCCAUUACUCAGAAAAUAUCUUCAUUAGCAGAAACUACAUCUUCCUCUGAGCCUUUUUCUAGUACUGCCAGUCAAGCAAGUACCCAGUCUGUAUCUUCAUCUACAUCAUCUGCAAUUUUACCAUCAAGUCACCACACAGCUAGUGAAUCCACCAGCUUUAUAACUUCUGGUAUAACAACAAACAGUACUAGUCAUGAGCAAUCAAGUAGUAUAGAGUCUACAUCUAAUACAGAAUCUUCCUCUGUAUCUACUACAAUCAGUCCCAUUUCACUUUCUUCAACAUUGGAGACUACAUUAUCUUCUGUGACAACUGAGACUAGUAUAUCAAGCAAAGGACCAACUUCCAUUACUCAGGAAACAUCUUCAUUAGCAGAAACUACUUCUUCCUCUGAGCCUGUCCCUAGUACUGCCAGUCAAGCAGGUACCCAUUCUAUAUCUCCAUCUACAACAUUUGCAAUUUUACCAUCAAGUUACCACACAACGAGUGAAUUUACCAGCUCUAUAACUUCUGGUAUAAGCACAAAAAGUACUAGUCAUGAACAAUCAAGUAGUGUAGAGUCUACGUCUAAUACAGAAUCCUCUGCAUUAUCUACUACAAUCAAUUCCAUUUCACUUUCUUCAACAUUGGAGACUGCAUUGACAACUGAGACUAGUAUAUCAAGCAAAGAACCAACUUCCAUUACUCAGAAAACAUCUUCAUUAGCAGAAACUACAUCUGCCUCUGAGCCUAUCCCUAGUACUGCCAGUCAAGCAAGCACCCAGUCUGUCUCUCCAUCUACAACAUCUCAAAUUUUACCAUCAAGUCACCACACAACUAGUGAAUUUACCAGCUCUAUAACUUCUGGUAUAAGCACAAAAAGCACUAGUCAUGAACAAUCAAGUAGUGUAGAGUCUACGUCUAAUACAGAAUCCUCUGCAUUAACUACUACCAUCAAUCCCAUUUCACUUUCUUCAACAUUGGAGACUGCAUUGACUACAUUAUCUCCAGUGACAACUGAGACUAGUAUAUCAAGCAAAGAACCAACUUCCAUUACUCAGAAAACAUCUUCAUUAGCAGAAACCACAUCUUCCUCUGAGCCUAUCCCUAGUACAGCCAGUCAAGCAAGUACUCAGUCAGUAUCUUCAUCUACAUCAUCUGCAAUUUUACCAUCAAGUCACCAUACAACUAGUGAAUCCACCAGCUUUAUAACUACUGGUAUAACCACAAACAGUACUAGUCGUGAGCAAUCAAGUAGUAUAGAGCCUACUUCUAACACAGAAUCGUCUUCCGUACCUACUACAAUCAGUCCCAUUUCACUUUCUUCAACAUUGGAGACUACAUUGACUACAUUAUCUCCAUUGACAACUGAGGCUAGUAUAUCAAGCAAAGAACCAACUUCGAUUACUCAGGAAACAUCUUCAUUAGCAGAAACUACAUCUUCCUCUGAGCCUGUCCCUAGUACUGCCAGUCAAGCAAGUACCUAUUCUUUACCUCCAUCUACAACAUUUGCAAUUGUACCAUCAAGUUACCACACAACUAGUGAAUUUACCAGCUCUAUAACUUCUGGUAUAAGCACAAAAAGUACUAGUCAUGAGCAAUUAAGUAGUAUAGAGCCUACUUCUAACACAGAAUCGUCUUCCGUACCUACUACAAUCAGUCCCAUUUCACUUUCUUCAACAUUGGAGACUACAUUGACUACAUUAUCUCCAUUGACAACUGAGACUAGUAUAUCAAGCAAAGAACCAACUUCGAUUACUCAGGAAACAUCUUCAUUAGCAGAAACUACAUCUUCCUCUGAGCCUGUCCCUAGUACUGCCAGUCAAGCAAGUACCUAUUCUUUACCUCCAUCUACAACAUUUGCAAUUGUACCAUCAAGUUACCACACAACUAGUGAAUUUACCAGCUCUAUAACUUCUGGUAUAAGCACAAAAAGUACUAGUCAUGAGCAAUUAAGUAGUGUAGAGUCUACGUCUAAUACAGAAUCCUCUGCAUUAUCUACUACAAUCAAUUCCAUUUCACUUUCUUCAACAUUGGAGACUGCAUUGACAACUGAGACUAGUAUAUCAAGCAAAGAACCAACUUCCAUUACUCAGAAAACAUCUUCAUUAGCAGAAACUACAUCUGCCUCUGAGCCUAUCUCUAGUACUGUGAGUCAAGCAAGCACCCAGUCUGUAUCUCCAUCUACAACAUCUCAAAUUUUACCAUCAAGUCACCACACAACUAGUGAAUCCACCAGCUUUAUAACUUCUGGUAUAACCACAAACAGUACUAGUCAUGAGCAAUCAAGUAGUAUAGAGUCUACAUCUAAUACAGAAUCUUCCUCUGUAUCUACUACAAUCAGUCCCAUUUCACUUUCUUCAACAUUGGAGACUGCAUUGACUACAUUAUCCCCAGUGACAACUGAGACUAGUAUAUCAAGCAAAGAACCAACUUCCAUUACUCAGAAAACAUCUUCAUUAGCAGAAACCACAUCUUCCUCUGAGCCUAUCCCUAGUACAGCCAGUCAAGCAAGUACUCAGUCAGUAUCUUCAUCUACAUCAUCUGCAAUUUUACCAUCAAGUCACCAUACAACUAGUGAAUCCACCAGCUUUAUAACUUCUGGUAUAACCACAAACAGUACUAGUCAUGAGCAAUCAAGUAGUAUAGAGUCUACAUCUAAUACAGAAUCUUCCUCUGUAUCUACUACAAUCAGUCCCAUUUCACUUUCUUCAACAUUGGAGACUACAUUAUCUUCUGUGACAACUGAGACUAGUAUAUCAAGCAAAGAACCAACUUCCAUUACUCAGGAAACAUCUUCAUUAGCAGAAACUACAUCUUCCUCUGAGCCUAUCUCUAGUACUGUGAGUCAAGCAAGCACCCAGUCUGUAUCUCCAUCUACAACAUCUCAAAUUUUACCAUCAAGUCACCACACAACUAGUGAAUCCACCAGCUUUAUAACUUCUGGUAUAACCACAAACAGUACUAGUCAUGAGCAAUCAAGUAGUAUAGAGUCUACAUCUAAUACAGAAUCUUCCUCUGUAUCUACUACAAUCAGUCCCAUUUCACUUUCUUCAACAUUGGAGACUACAUUAUCUUCUGUGACAACUGAGACUAGUAUAUCAAGCAAAGAACCAACUUCCAUUACUCAGGAAACAUCUUCAUUAGCAGAAACUACAUCUUCCUCUGAGCCUAUCCCUAGUACUGCCAGUCAAGCAAGUACCCAGUCGGUAUCUUCAUCUACAUCAUCUGCAAUUGUACCAUCAAGUCACCACACAAGUAGUGAAUCCACCAGCUUUAUAACUUCUGGCAUAACCACAAAGAGUACUAGUCGUGAGCAAUCCAGUAGUAUAGAGUCUACUUCUAAUACAGAACUAUCUUCUGUAUCUACUACAAUCAGUUCCAUUUCACUUUCUUCAACAUUGGAGACUACAUUGACUACAUUAUCUCCUGUGACAACUGAGACUAAUAUAUCAAGCAAAGAACCAACUUCCAUUACUCAGGAAACAUCUUCAUUAGCAGAAAGUACAUCUUCCUCUGAGCCUCUCUCUAGUACUGCCAGUCAAGCAAGUACCCAGUCUGUAUCUUCAUCUACAUCAUCUGAAAUUUUACCAUCAAGUCACCACACAACUAGUGAAUUCACCAGCUCUAUAACUUCUGGUAUAAGCACAAAAAGUACUAGUCAUGAACAAUCAAGUAGUGUAGAGUCUACGUCUUAUACAGAAUCCUCUGCAUUAACUACUACCAUCAAUCCCAUUUCACUUUCUUCAACAUUGGAGACUGCAUUGACUACAUUAUCCCCAGUGACAACUGAGACUAGUAUAUCAAGCAAAGAACCAACUUCCAUUACUCAGAAAACAUCUUCAUUAGCAGAAACCACAUCUUCCUCUGAGCCUAUCCCUAGUACAGCCAGUCAAGCAAGUACUCAGUCAGUAUCUUCAUCUACAUCAUCUGCAAUUUUACCAUCAAGUCACCACACAAGUAGUGAAUCCACCAACUUUAUAACUUCUGGCAUAACCACAAACAGUACUAGUCGUGAGCAAUCCAGUAGUAUAGAGUCUACUUCUAAUACAGAAUUAUCUUCUGUAUCUACUACAAUCAGUCCCAUUUCACUUUCUUCAACAUUGGAGACUACAUUGACUACAUUAUCUCCUGUGACAACUGAGACUAAUAUAUCAAGCAAAGAACAAACUUCCAUUACUCAGGAAACAUCUUCAUUAGCAGAAACUACAUCUUCCUCUGAGCCUUUCUCUAGUACUGCCAGUCAAGCAAGUACCCAGUCUGUAUCUUCAUCUACAUCAUCUGAAAUUUUACCAUCAAGUCACCACACAACUAGUGAAUUCACUAGCUCUAUAACUUUUGGUAUAAGCACAAAAAGUACUAGUCAUGAACAAUCAAGUAGUGUAGAGUCUACGUCUAAUACAGAAUCCUCUGCAUUAACUACUACCAUCAAUCCCAUUUCACUUUCUUCAACAUUGGAGACUGCAUUGACUACAUUAUCCCCAGUGACAACUGAGACUAGUAUAUCAAGCAAAGAACCAACUUCCAUUACUCAGAAAACAUCUUCAUUAGCAGAAACAACAUCUUCCUCUGAGCCUAUCCCUAGUACAGCCAGUCAAGCAAGUACUCAGUCAGUAUCUUCAUCUACAUCAUCUGCAAUUUUACCAUCAAGUCACCACACAACUAGUGAAUCCACCAGCUUUAUAACUUCUGGUAUAACCACAAACACUACUAGUCAUGAGCAAUCAAGUAGUAUAGAGUCUACGUCUAACACAGAAUCAUCUUCUGCACUUGCUACAAUCAGUCCCAUUUUACUCUCUUCAACAUUGGAGACUACAUUGACUACAUUAUCUCCCGUGACAACUGAGACUAGUAUAUCAAGCAAAGAACCAACUUCCAUUACUCAGAAAACAUCUUCAUUAGCAGAAACUACUAGUGUUUCAAGUAAAGUAACAAGUCAACAUAGUACUCUAGAAAUGUCUUCAGCAAAUGAAAUUACAUUUUCCUCUCUGCCUAUCUUCAGUACCAGUCAUACAGCUGCACAAUCUGCACCUGUGACUGCAACACAUGCAUCAAUGUCCUCAGUUCUCGGGACAAUUAGUGAGACAUCCACUGCUAUAUUACCAAGCAUAACAGCUACAAGUCUGAAGACGUCUACGUCCACUGCUUCUAAUAUUUGUCCACCGCAUGCAAGUGGAAACUCAUGUGAAAUUGGAAAGCAGAACGUGGAUGUUGUGAUUGAUACUAGUCGUGCUCCAAGGAAGCUUGUUAAUGUAUUGAUUUCAAUAAAUAAAAACUUUGAUAAUGAUCUGAUGAACUCGUCUAGUACAGCAUACAUAAAUCUUUCCAAUAGCAUAACCCAGAUUUUUUCUGAAAUAUACAAAGCAGCAGCACCACUGUACUUUGUGGACAUUAUAAUCUAUGGAUUCAGUAGUGGAAGUAUCAUAGCUAAUACUUCAGGGGUCUACGAUUAUCCCAACAACCAGACGGGUAUUGACUUCAUAAAUAAUAACUUGACUUCUGAAGUUCAAAGUCAAUUUAACAAUUCACAAAUAACCGUAGAUAACUCAACCGCCACACUCCUGAAUGUGACAUCUGAAUCAUCUACAUUAUCAAGUAUAUGCUCAGAUUCCUAUUUUGGAACCAACUGUGAAAGUUUCAAUGCUACAACAUUUGCAACUACAACAGAAUCAAAUUCAGCUCAAACAGAGCUAUCAAAUGUUACAGACACAACAAGCUUAAACCCAACUGAGCCCUCAACUAUAGCAUCCACAAUUACGUCAUCUCUUUCUGAGACUUCGCCUUUCAUAGAAAUCAUAACUUCAACUCAAACAGAACUUGCUACUACUUCUCUAACUGAGACUUCAACUGUUCCAUCUCCAUCAACUGAAACUCAAACAAGGACUCAAUCUAUAACACAUACCCCAAGUCCAACCUCAGCCGAAAUCUCAACUGUAAUACCAUCAGAGUCUUCAGCUUUUACAGGGACAAUAAGAACACUUUCAACUACUGCAGAAUCUCCAACUACUCUGACUGAAACUUCAUAUGUUCCAUCUCCAUCAUCUGAAACUCCAACUUCAUCUAUUACUAAUACUGUAAGCUCAGGUGAAACUGAAAUUACAACUGUAAAUCAAACAUUAAGCCUAACCUCAACUGAGUCUUCCACUAUUACACCAACAAUUAGUUUAUCUACUUCUGAGACUUCACCUCUUACAGGGAUUAAAACGUCAACUCAAACAAAAAGUUCAACUAUUCCUGCAACUGAACGUUCUCCUUUAACAGAAACCUCAACAGUUUCAUCUGCAUUAACAGCAACACAAACAGAGACUUCAUCUGUAACGCAUACAGCAAAUUCAACUGAAAUAGAAACACACACAUCAAGCUUAAUCCCAACUGAAACUUCAACUAUAACACCAACAAUCAAUAUAUUUUCUUCCGAAUCUUCCCCUUUUACAGCAACAGUAACUUCAAGUCAAACUGAAACUUCUACUAUCACAUCAACCGAAAGUUCUCCUCUGACAGAGACUUCAACUGUUAUACCUCCAUCAUCUACAACUCAAACAGAAGCAUCAUCCAUCACACAUACAGAAAUCUCAGCUCAAACACAGCUAUCAAUGCACACAUCAAGUCUAACCUCAGCUGAAAUCUCAACUGUAACACCAUCAAUAGCUAUAUCUACUUCCGAGUCUUCAGCUAUUACAGGGACAAUAACACAACUUUCAACUACUGCAGAAUCUCCAACUUCUCUGACUGAAACUUCAUCUGUUUCAUCUCCAUCAACUGAAAUUCCAACUUCAUCUAUUACAAAUACUGUAAGUUCAGUUGAAACAGAAAUAUCAACUAUAAAUCAAACAUCAAGCCUAACUUCAACUGAGUCUUCCACGAUUACACCAACAAUUAGUUUAUCUACUUAUGAGACUUUACCUCUUACAGGGAUUAAAACGUCAACUCAAACAGAAAGUUCAACUAUUCCAACAUCUGAAAAUUCUAUUUUAACAGAAACCACAACAAUUUCAUAUCCAUCAACUCCAAUACAAACAGAGACUUCAUCUGUAACACAUAUAGCAAAUUCAACUGAAAUAGAAACACACACAUCAAGCUUAAUCCCAACUGAAACUGCAAAUACAACACCAACAAUCAGUAUAUUUUCUUCCGAAUCUUCCACUUUUACAGCGACAGUAACUUCAAGUCAAACUGAAACUUCUACUAUUGCAUCAACCGAAAGUUCUCCUCUGACAGAGACUUCAACUGUUAUACCUCCAUCAUCUACAACUCAAACAGAAACAUCAUCCAUCACACAUACAGAAAUCUCAGCUCAAACACAGCUAUCAAUGCACACAUCAAGUCUAACCUCAGCUGAAAUCUCAACUGUAACACCAUCAAAUGCUUUAUCUACUUCAGAGUCUUCAGCUUUUACAGGGACAAAGACAGAACUCUCAACUACUGCAGAAUCUGCAACUUCUCUGACUGAAACUUCAUCUGUUCCAUCUCCAUCAACUGAAACUGCAAAUUCAUCUAUUACAAAUACUGCAAGUUCAGUUGAAACAGAAAUAACUAUAAAUCAAACAUCAAGCCUAAUUUCAACUGAGUCUUCCACUAUUACACCAACAAUUCGUUUAUCUACUUCUGAGACUUCACCUCCUACAGGGAUCCAAACGUCAACUCAAACAGAAAAUCCAACUAUUCCUGCAACUGAAAGUUCACCUUUAACGGAAACCUCAACAGUUUCAUCUGCAUUAACAGCAACACAACCAGAGACUUCAUCUGUAACACAUACAGCAAAUUCAACUGAAAUAGAAACACACACUUCAAGCUUAAUCCCAACUGAAACUUCAACUAUAACACCAACAAUCAGUAAAUUUUCUUCCGAAUCUUCCACUUUUACAGCGACAGUAACUUCAAGUCAAACUGAAACAUCUACUAUCGCAUCAACUGAAAGUUCUCCUUUGACAGAGACUUCAACUGUUAUAACUCCAUCAGCUACAACUCAAACAGAAACAUCAUCUAUCACACAUACAGAAAUCUCAGCUCAAACACAGCUAUCAGUGCACACAUCAAGUCUAACCUCAGCUGAAAUCUCAACUGUAACACCAUCAAUAGCUAUAUCUACUUCCGAGUCUUCAGCUAUUACAGGGACAAUAACACAACUUUCAACUACUGCAGAAUCUCCAACUUCUCUGACUGAAACUUCAUCUGUUUCAUCUCCAUCAACUGAAAUUCCAACUUCAUCUAUUACAAAUACUGUAAGUUCAGUUGAAACAGAAAUAUCAACUAUAAAUCAAACAUCAAGCCUAACUUCAACUGAGUCUUCCACGAUUACACCAACAAUUAGUUUAUCUACUUAUGAGACUUUACCUCUUACAGGGAUUAAAACGUCAACUCAAACAGAAAGUUCAACUAUUCCAACAUCUGAAAAUUCUAUUUUAACAGAAACCACAACAAUUUCAUAUCCAUCAACUGCAAUACAAACAGAGACUUCAUCUGUAACACAUACAGCAAAUUCAACUGAAAUAGAAACACACACAUCAAGCUUAAUCCCAACUGAAACUGCAAAUACAACACCAACAAUCAGUAUAUUUUCUUCCGAAUCUUCCACUUUUACAGCGACAGUAACUUCAAGUCAAACUGAAACUUCUACUAUUGCAUCAACCGAAAGUUCUCCUCUGACAGAGACUUCAACUGUUAUACCUCCAUCAACUACAACUCAAACAGAAACAUCAUCCAUCACACAUACAGAAAUCUCAGCUCAAACACAGCUAUCAAUGCACACAUCAAGUCUAACCUCAGCUGAAAUCUCAACUGUAACACCAUCAAAUGCUUUAUCUACUUCAGAGUCUUCAGCUUUUACAGGGACAAUUAGAACACUUUCAACUACUGCAGAAUCUGCAACUUCUCUGACUGAAACUUCAUCUGUUCCAUCAACAUCAACUGAAACUCCAACUUCAUCUAUUACAAAUACUGUAAGUUCAGCUGAAACAGAAAUAUCAACUAUAAAUCAAACAUCAAGCCUAACUUCAACUGAGUCUUCCACUAUUACACCAACAAUUAGUUUAUCUACUUAUGAGACUUCACCUCUUACAGGGAUUAAAACGUCAACUCACACAGAAACUUCAAUUAGUCCAACAUCUGAAAGUUCUAUUUUAACAGAAACCACAACAAUUUCAUAUGCAUCAACUGCAACACAAACAGAGACUUCAUCUGUAACACAUACAGCAAAUUCAACUGAAAUAGAAACACACACCUCAAACUUCAUCCCAACUGAAACUUCAACUAUAACACCAACAAUCAGUAAAUUUUCUUCAGAAUCUUCCACUUUUACAGCGACAGUAACUUCAAGUCAAACUGAAACAUCUACUAUCGCAUCAACUGAAAGUUCUCCUUUGACAGAGACUUCAACUGUUAUAACUCCAUCAGCUACAACUCAAACAGAAACAUCAUCUAUCACACAUACAGAAAUCUCAGCUCAAACACAGCUAUCAAUGCACACAUCAAGUCUAACCUCAGCUGAAAUCUCAACUGUAACACCAUCAAUAGCUAUAUCUACUUCCGAGUCUUCAGCUAUUACAGGGACAAUAACACAACUUUCAACUACUGCAGAAUCUCCAACUUCUCUGACUGAAACUUCAUCUGUUUCAUCUCCAUCAACUGAAAUUCCAACUUCAUCUAUUACAAAUACUGUAAGUUCAGUUGAAACAGAAAUAUCAACUAUAAAUCAAACAUCAAGCCUAACUUCAACUGAGUCUUCCACGAUUACACCAACAAUUAGUUUAUCUACUUAUGAGACUUUACCUCUUACAGGGAUUAAAACGUCAACUCAAACAGAAAGUUCAACUAUUCCAACAUCUGAAAAUUCUAUUUUAACAGAAACCACAACAAUUUCAUAUCCAUCAACUGCAAUACAAACAGAGACUUCAUCUGUAACACAUACAGCAAAUUCAACUGAAAUAGAAACACACACAUCAAGCUUAAUCCCAACUGAAACUGCAAAUACAACACCAACAAUCAGUAUAUUUUCUUCCGAAUCUUCCACUUUUACAGCGACAGUAACUUCAAGUCAAACUGAAACUUCUACUAUUGCAUCAACCGAAAGUUCUCCUCUGACAGAGACUUCAACUGUUAUACCUCCAUCAACUACAACUCAAACAGAAACAUCAUCCAUCACACAUACAGAAAUCUCAGCUCAAACACAGCUAUCAAUGCACACAUCAAGUCUAACCUCAGCUGAAAUCUCAACUGUAACACCAUCAAAUGCUUUAUCUACUUCAGAGUCUUCAGCUUUUACAGGGACAAUUAGAACACUUUCAACUACUGCACAAUCUCCAACUUCUCUGACUGAAACUUCAUCUGUUCCAUCAACAUCAACUGAAACUCCAACUUCAUCUAUUACAAAUACUGUAAGUUCAGCUGAAACAGAAAUAUCAACUAUAAAUCAAACAUCAAGCCUAACUUCAACUGAGUCUUCCACUAUUACACCAACAAUUAGUUUAUCUACUUAUGAGACUUCACCUCUUACAGGGAUUAAAACGUCAACUCACACAGAAACUUCAAUUAGUCCAACAUCUGAAAGUUCUAUUUUAACAGAAACCACAACAAUUUCAUAUGCAUCAACUGCAACACAAACAGAGACUUCAUCUGUAACACAUACAGCAAAUUCAACUGAAAUAGAAACACACACCUCAAACUUCAUCCCAACUGAAACUUCAACUAUAACACCAACAAUCAAUAUAUUUUCUUCUGAAUCUUCCCCUUUUACAGCAACAGUAACUUCAAGUCAAACUGAAACUUCUACUAUCGCAUCAACCGAAAGUUCUCCUCUGACAGAGACUUCAAGAGUUAUACCUCCAUCAUCUACAACUCAAACAGAAACAUCAUCUAUCACACAUACAGAAAUCUCAGCUCAAACACAGAUAUCAAUGCACACAUCAAGUCUAACCUCAGCUGAAAUCUCAACUGUAACACCAUCAAUAGGUAUAUCUACUUCCGAGUCUUCAGCUUUUACAGGGACAAUAACACAACUUUCAACUACUGCAGAAUCUCCAACUUCUCUGACUGAAACUUCAUCUGUUCCAUCUCCAUCAACUGAAAUUCCAACUUCAUCUAUUACAAAUACUGCAAGUUCAGUUGAAACAGAAAUAUCAACUAUAAAUCAAACAUCAAGCCUAACUUCAACUGAGUCUUCCACGAUUACACCAACAAUUAGUUUAUCUACUUAUGAGACUUUACCACUUACAGGGAUUAAAAUGUCAACUCAAACAGAAAGUUCAAUUAUUCCAACAUCUGAAAGUUCUAUUUUAACAGAAACCACAACAAUUUCAUAUCCAUCAACUGCAACACAAACAGAGACUUCAUCUGUAACACAUACAGCAAAUUCAACUGAAAUAGAAACACACACAUCAAGCUUAAUCCCAACUGAAACUUCAACUAUAACACCAACAAUCAAUAUAUUUUCUUCUGAAUCUUCCCCUUUUACAGCAACAGUAACUUCAAGUCAAACUGAAACUUCUACUAUCGCAUCAACCGAAAGUUCUCCUCUGACAGAGACUUCAACUGUUAUACCUCCAUCAUCUACAACUCAAACAGAAACAUCAUCCAUCACACAUACAGAAAUCUCAGCUCAAACACAGCUAUCAAUGCACACAUCAAGUCUAACCUCAGCUGAAAUCUCAACUGUAACACCAUCAAUAGCUAUAUCUACUUCCGAGUCUUCAGCUUUUACAGGGACAAAGACAGAACUCUCAACUACUGCAGAAUCUGCAACUUCUCUGACUGAAACUUCAUCUGUUCCAUCUCCAUCAACUGAAACUGCAAAUUCAUCUAUUACAAAUACUGCAAGUUCAGUUGAAACAGAAAUAACUAUAAAUCAAACAUCAAGCCUAAUUUCAACUGAGUCUUCCACUAUUACACCAACAAUUCGUUUAUCUACUUCUGAGACUUCACCUCUUACAGGGAUCCAAACGUCAACUCAAACAGAAAGUUCAACUAUUCCAACAUCUGAAAAUUCUAUUUUAACAGAAACCACAACAAUUUCAUAUCCAUCAACUGCAACACAAACAGAGACUUCAUCUGUAACACAUACAGCAAAUUCAACUGAAAUAGAAACACACACAUCAAGCUUAAUCCCAACUGAAACUUCAACUAUAACACCAACAAUCAGUAUAUUUUCUUCCGAAUCUUCCACUUUUACAGCAACAGUAACUUCAAGUCAAACUGAAACUUCUACUAUCGCAUCAACUGAAAGUUCUCCUCUGACAGAGACUUCAACUGUUAUACCUCCAUCAUCUAAAACUCAAACAGAAACAUCAUCCAUCACACAUACAGAAAUCUCAGCUCAAACACAGCUAUCAAUGCACACAUCAAGUCUAACCUCAGCUGAAAUCUCAACUGUAACACCAUCAAUAGCUAUAUCUACUUCUGAGUCUUCAGCUUUUACAGGGACAAUAACAGAACUCUCAACUACUGCAGAAUCUCCAACUUCUCUGACUGAAACUUCAUCUGUUCCAUCUCGAUCAACUGAAAUUCCAACUUCAUCUAUUACAAAUACUGCAAGUUCAGCUGAAACAGAAAUAUCAACUAUAAAUCAAACAUCAAGCCUAACUUCAACUGAGUCUUCCACGAUUACACCAACAAUUAGUUUAUCUACUUCUGAGACUUCACCUCUUACAGGGAUCCAAACGUCAACUCAAACAGAAAAUCCAACUAUUGCUGCAACUGAAAGUUCUCCCAUUACAAAAAACACAACUAGUGAGUCCUCCACUACUUUAUCCCCUAGCAUAACAACUAAGAGUCAGAAACCAUCCACAUCCAGUGCUUCAAAUGUCUGUCCUCCCUAUGCAAGUGGAGACUCCUGUGAGAUUGGGAACCAGAAAGUCGAUGCUGUGAUUGAUACCAACAGGGUUCCACAAAAGUUUGUGAAUGUAUUAAUUUCAAUAAAUACAAUUUUCACUAACGCACUCCAAAACGCAUCUUCGGCAGAAUACAUUAGUCUUUCAAUUACCAUAAAUGAGACUUUUACCAAUAAAUACAGAGACGCAGCACCACUGUACUUUGUACGGAUUAUAAUCCAUGGAUUCAGUAAUGGAAGUAUCAUAGCCAACACUUCAGGAGUCUAUGAUUAUCCUAACAAUCAGACGGGUAUUGACUUCAUAAAUGAAAAUUUGACUUCUGAAGUUCAACGUCAAUUUAAUAAUUCACAAGUAACCAUAGACAAUUCAACCGUUACACUCCUGAAUGUCGCAUCUGAAACAUCUCCAAUAACAAAUGUAACUGAUCUACGACCAUUUUUGAGCUGCAGCACAACAUUUGCAAACUACAGUGUACAAUGUAAUGGUCAGUCAUGUGAGUGCACGGGACCAUGUCAGAUUGAUGCAUCAAGCUGCUUAAAUGGAGGCAACUGUACAAACACAUUCAGUGGACCAAUGUGCACGUGUCCAGAUGCAUAUUAUGGAACAAACUGUGAAAUUUCAGGAACCACGACAUUUGCAACUGUUACAGAAUAUUCUGUGUCCUUUCAAACAGAGCAGACAUCUACCAGCGUACAAGCAAUGAGUUCAACAAGCAGAGCGCCCGAAACUUCACCAGUUACUGAGAUGUUAUCCUUUACAUCUCCAUUAACUGAAACUAAAACAGAGACUUCUGAGACAUUGCCUUUUACAGGGACCAUAAGUUCAACUCAAACGGAACCUUCAUCUAGUAGAGUAACUGAAAGUUCACCUCUGACUGAGACAUCCUCAUUUACAUCAACAUCCAGUGCAAGUCAAACAGAGACCUCUGAGACCUUGCCUUUCACAGGUACCAUAAGUUCAACUCAAACGGAACCUUCAUCUAGUAGAGCAACUGAAAGUUCACCUCUGACUGAGGUUAUCACAACUGCAACUCAAACAGAGACUUCUGAGACAUUACCUUUUACAGGGACCAUAAGUUCAACUCAAACAGAACCUUCAUCUAGUAGAGCAACUGAAAGUUCACCUCUGACUGAGAUUACCACAACUACAACUCAAACAGAGACUUCUGAGACAUUACCUUUUACAGGAAGCAUAAGUUCAACUCAAACGGAAACUUCAUCUAGUAGAGCAACUGAAAAUUCACCUCUGACUGAGACAUCCUUAUUUACAUCAAUAUCAAGUGCAACUCAAACAGAGACUUUUGAGACAUUGCCUUUCACCAUAAGCUCAACUCAAAGAGAAUCUUCUACUAGUACAGAAACUGAAAGUUCACCUCUGACUGAGACAGCAACUUUUACAUCACCAUCAAGUGCAACUCAAACAGAGACCUCUGAGACCUUGCCUUUCACAGGUACCAUAAGUUCAACUCAAACGGAACCUUCAUCUAGUAGAGCAACUGAAAGUUCACCUCUGACUGAGACAUCCUCAUUCACAGCAACAUCAAGUACAACUCAAACAGAGACUCCAGAGACAUUACCUUUUACAGGAACCAUAAGUUCAACUAAAACGGAACCUUCAUCUAGUAGAGCAACUGAAAGUUCACCUCUGACUGAGACAUCCUUAUUUACAUCAACAUCAAGUGCAACUCAAACAGAGACUUUUGAGACAUUGCCUUUCACCAUAAGCUCAACUCAAAGAGAAUCUUCUACUAGUACAGAAACUGAAAGUUCACCUCUGACUGAGACAGCAACUUUUACAUCACCAUCAAGUGCAACUCAAACAGAGUCCUCUGAGACCUUGCCUUUCACAGGUACCAUAAGCUCAACUCAAAGAGUAUCUUUUACUAGUAGAGUAACUGAAAGUUCACAUCUGACUGAGAGUAGCACAACUACAACUCAAACAGAGACUUCUGAGACAUUACCUUUUACAGGGAGCAUAAGUUCAACUCAAACGGAACCUUCAUCUAGUAGAGUAACUGAAAGUUCACCUUUGACUGAGACAUCCUCAUUUACAUCCCCAUCGACUGCAACUCAAACAGAGACUUUUGAGACAUUACCUUUUACAGGGACCAUAAGUUCAACUCAAAGAGAAUCUUUAUCUAGUAGAGCAACUGACAGUUCACCUCUGACUGAGACAGAAACUUUUAAAUCCCCAUCAAUUGCAACUCAAACAGAGACUUCUGAGACAUUGCCUUUCACCAUAAGCUCAACUCAAAGAGAAUCUUAUACUAGUAAAGCAACUGAAAGUUCACCUCUGACUGAGACAGCAACUUUUACAUCACCAUCAAGUGCAACUCAAACAGAGACUUCUCAGACCUUGCCUUUCACAGGGACCAUAAGUUCAACUCAAACUGAACUUUCAUCUAGUAGAGUAACUGAAAGUUCACCUGUGACUGAGACAUCCUCAUUUACAUCAACAUCAAGUGCAAGUCAAACAGAAACUUCUGAGACAUUGCCUUUCACCAUAAGCUCAACUCAAAGAGAAUCAUCUACUAGUAUAGCAACUGAAAGUUCACCUCUGACAGAGGUUACCACAACUGCAACUCAAACAGAGACUUCUGAGACAUUACCUUUUACAGGGACCAUAAGUUCAACUCAAACAGAAACUUCAUCUAGUAGAGCAACUGAAAGUUCACCUCUGACUGAGACAUCCUUAUUUACAGCAACAUCAAGUGCAACUCAAACAGAAACUUUUGAGACAUUGCCUUUCACCAUAAGCUCAACUCAAAGAGAAUCUUCUACUAGUAAAGAAACUGAAAGUUCACCUCUGACUGAGACAGCAACUUUUACAUCACCAUCAAGUGCAACUCAAACAGAGACCUCUGAGACCUUGCCUUUCACAGGUACCAUAAGCUCAACUCAAAGAGUAUAUUUUACUAGUAGAGCAACUGAAAGUUCACCUCUGACUGAGACAUCCUUAUUUACAUCAACAUCAAGUGCAACUCAAACAGAGAUUUUUGAGACAUUGCCUUUCACCAUAAGCUCAACUCAAAGAGAAUCUUCUACUAGUACAGAAACUGAAAGUUCACCUCUGACAGAGGUUACCACAACUGCAACUCAAACAGAGACUUCUGAGACAUUACCUUUUACAGGGACCAUAAGUUCAACUCAAACAGAAACUUCAUCUAGUAGAGCAACUGAAAGUUCACCUCUGACUGAGACAUCCUUAUUUACAUCAACAUCCAGUGCAACUCAAACCGAGACUUUUGAGACAUUGUAUUUCACCGUUAGCUCAACUCAAAGAGAAUCUUCUACUAGUACAGCAACUGAAAGUUCACCUCUGACUGAGACAGCAACUUUUACAUCACCAUCAAGUGCAACUCAAACAGACACAUCUGAGACCUUGCCUUUCACAGGUACCGUAAGCUCAACUCAAAGAGUAUCGUUUACUAGUAGAGCAACUGAAAGUUCACCUCUGACUGAGAUUACCACAACUGCAACUCAAACAGAGACUUCUGAGACAUUACCUUUUACAGGGACCAUAAGUUCAACUCAAACGGAACCUUCAUCUAGUAGAGCAACUGAAAGUUCACCUCUGACUGAGACAUCCUCAUUCACAGCAACAUCAAGUGCAACUCAAACAGAGACUCCAGAGACAUUACCUUUUACAGGAACCAUAAGUUCAACUCAAACGGAACCUUCAUCUAGUAGAGCAACUGAAAGUUCACCUCUGACUGAGACAUCCUUAUUUACAUCAACAUCCAGUGCAACUCAAACCGAGACUUUUGAGACAUUGCCUUUCACCAUAAGCUCAACUCAAAGAGAAUCUUCUACUAGUACAGAAACUGAAAGUUCACCUCUGACUGAGACAGCAACUUUUACAUCACCAUCAAUUGCAACUCAAACAGAGACUUCUGAGACAUUGCCUUUCACCAUAAGCUCAACUCAAAGAGAAUCUUCUACUAGUAAAGCAACUGAAAGUUCACCUCUGACUGAGAGAGCAAGUUUUACAUCACCAUUAAGUGCAACUCAAACAGAGACCUCUGAGACCUUGCCUUUCACAGGUACCAUAAGCUCAACUCAAAGUGUAUCGUUUACUAGUAGAGCAACUGAAAGUUCACCUCUGACUGAGAUUACCACAACUACAACUCAAACAGAGACUUCUGAGACAUUACCUUUUACAGGAAGCAUAAGUUCAACUCAAACGGAACCUUCAUCUAGUAGAGUAACUGAAAGUUCACCUCUGACUGAGACAUUCUCAUUUACAUCCCCAUCGACUGCAACUCAAACAGAGACUCCAGAGACAUUACCUUUUACAGGAACCAUAAGUUCAACUCAAACGGAACCUUCAUCUAGUAGAGCAACUGAAAGUUCACCUCUGACUGAGGCAUCCUUAUUUACAUCAACAUCAAGUGCAACUCAAACAGAGACCUUUGAGACAUUGCCUUUCACCAUAAGCUCAACUCAAAGAGAAUCUUCUACUAGUACAGAAACUGAAAGUUCAUCUCUGACUGAGACAGCAACUUUUACAUCACCAUCAAGUGCAACUCAAACAGAGACCUCUGAGACCUUGCCUUUCACAGGUACCAUAAGCUCAACUCAAAGAGUAUCUUUUACUAGUAGAGCAACUCAAAGUUCACCUCUUACUGAGACAUCCUCAUUUACAUCCCCAUCGACUGCAACUCAAACAGAGACUUCUGAGACAUUGCCUUUUACAGGGACCAUAAGUUCAACUCAAACGGAACCUUCAUCUAGUAGAGCAACUGAAAGUUCACCUCUGACUGAGACAUCCUCAUUCACAUCAACAUCAAGUGCAACUCAAACAGAGACUUCUGAGACAUUACCUUUUACAGGGACCAUAAGUUCAACUCGAACAGAACCUUCAUCUAGUAGAGCAACUGAAAGUUCACCUCUGACUGAGACAUCCUUAUUUACAUCAACAUCAAGUGCAACUCAAACAGAGACUUUUGAGACAUUGCCUUUCACCAUAAGCUCAACUCAAAGAGGAUCUUCUACUAGUACAGCAACUGAAAGUUCACCUCUGACUGAGACAGCAACUUUUAUAUCACCAUCAAGUGCGUCUCAAACAGAGACCUCUGAGACCUUGCCUUUCACAGGUACCAUAAGCUCAACUCAAAGAGUAUCGUUUACUAGUAGAGCAACUGAAAGUUCACCUCUGACUGAGAUUACCACAACUGCAACUCAAACAGAGACUUCUGAGACAUUACCUUUUACAGGGACCAUAGGUUCAACUCAAACGGAACAAUCAUCUAGUAGAGCAACUGAAAGUUCACCUCUGACUGAGACAUCCUCAUUUACAUCAACAUCAAGUGAAACACAAACAGAGACUUCUGAGACAUUGCCUUUCACUAUAAGUUCAACUCAAAGAGUAUCCUCUACUAGUAGAGCAACUGAAAGUUCACCUCUGACUGAGACAUCCUCAUUCACAUCCCCAUCAACUGCAACUCAAAAAGAGACUUCUGAGACAUUACCUUUUAUAGGGAGCAUAAGUUCAACUCAAACGGAACGUUCAUCUAGUAGAGCAAGUGAAAGUUCACCUCUGACUGAGACAGACACUUUUACAUCACCAUCAAGUUCAACUCAAACAGAGACCUCUGAGACCUUGCCUUUCACCGGUACCAUAAGCUCAACUCAAAGUGUAUCGUUUACUAGUAGAGCAACUGAAAGUUCACCUCUGACUGAGAUUACCACAAGUGCAACUCAAACUGAGACUUUUGAGACAUUGCCUUUCACCAUAAGCUCAACUCAAAGAGAAUCUUCUACUAGUACAGCAACUGAAAGUUCACCUCUGACUGAGACAGCAACUUUUACAUCACCAUCAAGUGCAACUCAAACAGAGACUUCUGAGACAUUCCCUUUCACCAUAAACUCAACUCAAAGAGUAUCUUCUACUAGUAGUGCAAUUGAAAGUUCACCUCUGACUGAGAUUACGACAACUGCAACUCAAACAGAGACUUCUGAGACAUUACCUUUUACAGGGAUCAUAAGUUCAACUCAAACAGAACAUUCAUCUAGUAGAGCAACUGAAAGUUCACCUCUGACUGAGACAUCCUUAUUUACAUCAACAUCAAGUGCAACUCAAACAGAGACUUUUGAGACAUUGCCUUUCACCAUAAGCUCAACUCAAAGAGAAUCUUCUACUAGUACAGCAACUGAAAGUUCACCUCUGACUGAGACAGCAACUUUUACAUCACCAUCAAGUGCAACUCAAACAGAGACCUCUGAGACCUUGCCUUUCACCGGUACCAUAAGCUCAACUCAAAGUGUAUCGUUUACUAGUAGAGCAACUGAAAGUUCACCUCUGACUGAGAUUACUACAACUACAACUCAAACAGAUACUUCUGAGACAUUACCUUUUACAGGGACCAUAAGUUCAACUCAAACGGAACCUUCAUCUAGUAGAGCAACUGAAAGUACACCUCUGACUGAGACAUCCUCAUUUACAUCAAUAUCAAGUGCAACUAAAACAGAGACUUCUGAGACAUUCCCUUUCACCAUAAGCUCAACUCAAGGAGUAUCGUUUACUAGUAGAGCAACUGAAAGUUUACCUCUGACUGAGAUUACCACAACUGCAACUCAAACAGAGACUUCUGAGACAUUACCUUUUACAGGGACCAUAAGUUCAACUCAAACGGAACCUUCAUCUAGUAGAGCAACUGAAAGUUCACCUCUGACUGAGACAUCCUCAUUCACAUCAACAUCAAGUGCAACUCAAACAGAGACUUCUGAGACAUUACCUUUUACAGGGACCAUAAGUUCAACUCGAACAGAACCUUCAUCUAGUAGAGCAACUGAAAGUUCACCUCUGACUGAGACAUCCUUAUUUACAUCAACAUCAAGUGCAACUCAAACAGAGACUUUUGAGACAUUGCCUUUCACCAUAAGCUCAACUCAAAGAGAAUUUUCUACUAGUACAGCAACUGAAAGUUCACCUCUGACUGAGACAGCAACUUUUAUAUCACCAUCAAGUGCAACUCAAACAGAGUCCUCUGAGACCUUGCCUUUCACAGGUACCAUAAGCUCAACUCAAAGAGUAUUGUUUACUAGUAGAGCAACUGAAAGUUCACCUCUGACUGAGAUUACCACAACUGCAACUCAAAUAGAGACUUCUGAGACAUUACCUUUUACAGGGACCAUAGGUUCAACUCAAACGGAACCAUCAUCUAGUAGAGCAACUGAAAGUUCACCUCUGACUGAGACAUCCUCAUUUACAUCAACAUCAAGUGAAACACAAACAGAGACUUCUGAGACAUUACCUUUCACUAUAAGUUCAACUCAAAGAGUAUCCUCUACUAGUAGAGCAACUGAAAGUUCCCCUCUGACUGAGACAUCCUCAUUCACAUCCCCAUCAAGUGCAACUCAAAAAGAGACUUCUGAGACAUUACCUUUUACAGGGAGCAUAAGUUCAACUCAAACGGAACCUUCAUCUAGUAGAGCAACUGAAAGUUCACCUCUGACUAAGACAGACACUUUUACAUCACCAUCCAGUUCAACUCAAACAGAGACUUUUGAGACAUUGCCUUUCACCAUAAGCUCAACUCAAAGAGAAUCUUCUACUAGUACAGCAACUGAAAGUUCACCUCUGACUGAGACAGCAACUUUUACAUCACCAUCAAGUGCAACUCAAACAGAGACCUCUGAGACCUUGCCUUUCACCGGUACCAUAAGCUCAACUCAAAGUGUAUCGUUUACUAGUAGAGCAACUGAAAGUUCACCUCUGACUGAGAUUACUACAACUACAACUCAAACAGAUACUUCUGAGACAUUACCUUUUACAGGGACCAUAAGUUCAACUCAAACGGAACCUUCAUCUAGUAGAGCAACUGAAAGUACACCUCUGACUGAGACAUCCUCAUUUACAUCAAUAUCAAGUGCAACUAAAACAGAGACUUCUGAGACAUUCCCUUUCACCAUAAGCUCAACUCAAGGAGUAUCGUUUACUAGUAGAGCAACUGAAAGUUUACCUCUGACUGAGAUUACCACAACUGCAACUCAAACAGAGACUUCUGAGACAUUACCUUUUACAGGGACCAUAAGUUCAACUCAAACGGAACCUUCAUCUAGUAGAGCAACUGAAAGUUCACCUCUGACUGAGACAUCCUCAUUCACAUCAACAUCAAGUGCAACUCAAACAGAGACUUCUGAGACAUUACCUUUUACAGGGACCAUAAGUUCAACUCGAACAGAACCUUCAUCUAGUAGAGCAACUGAAAGUUCACCUCUGACUGAGACAUCCUUAUUUACAUCAACAUCAAGUGCAACUCAAACAGAGACUUUUGAGACAUUGCCUUUCACCAUAAGCUCAACUCAAAGAGAAUUUUCUACUAGUACAGCAACUGAAAGUUCACCUCUGACUGAGACAGCAACUUUUAUAUCACCAUCAAGUGCAACUCAAACAGAGUCCUCUGAGACCUUGCCUUUCACAGGUACCAUAAGCUCAACUCAAAGAGUAUCGUUUACUAGUAGAGCAACUGAAAGUUCACCUCUGACUGAGAUUACCACAACUGCAACUGAAACAGAGACUUCUGAGACAUUACCUUUUACAGGGACCAUAGGUUCAACUCAAACGGAACCAUCAUCUAGUAGAGCAACUGAAAGUUCACCUCUGACUGAGACAUCCUCAUUUACAUCAACAUCAAGUGAAACACAAACAGAGACUUCUGAGACAUUGCCUUUCACUAUAAGUUCAACUCAAAGAGUAUCCUCUACUAGUAGAGCAACUGAAAGUUCACCUCUGACUGAGACAUCCUCAUUUACAUCAAUAUCAAGUGCAACUAAAACAGAGACUUCUGAGACAUUCCCUUUCACCAUAAGCUCAACUCAAGGAGUAUCUUCUACUAGUAGAGCAAUUGAAAGUUCACCUCUGACUGAGAUUACCACAACUGCAACUCAAACAGAGACUUAUGAGACAUUACCUUUUACAGGGACCAUAAGUUCAACUCAAACGGAACCUUCAUCUAGUAGAGCAACUGAAAGUACACCUCUGACUGAGACAUCCUCAUUUACAUCAAUAUCAAGUGCAACUAAAACAGAGACUUCUGAGACAUUUCCUUUCACCAUAAGCUCAACUCAUAGAGAAUCGUCUACUAGUAGAGCAAUUGAAAGUUCAACUCUGACUGAGACAGCAACUUUUACAUCACCAUCAAGUGCAACUCAAACAGAGACUACUGAGACCUUGCCUUUCACAGGUACUAUAAGCUCAACUCAAAGAGUAUAUUUUACUAGUAAAGCAACUGAAAGUUCACCUCUGACUGAGACCACAACUGGUACAUCCCCAUCAAGUGCAACUCAAAGAGAGACUUCUGAGACAUUGCCUUUUACAGGUAGCAAAACCUCGACUCAAAGAGAACCUUCAUCCAGUACAGCAACUGAAUUUUCACCAAUCACUAUGUCAACAUUUACAUCCUUAACAUCCGCAACUCAAGCAAAGACUUCUCAGACAUUGCCUUUCACAGGUACCAUAACUGUGCUUCCAGUUAUUUCAUCCACACUGAGUUUCACCGAAACACAGCCCACAAUGAACACACUUACAACAGUUUCUUCUCAAACAGAACCAUCUCCAAGUUUUUCUAGUAUAUCAUUAUCUUCAAGCACAACAUUGACUUCAACAAAUAAAUCAACUACUGUCCAUGCUUCUAGCAGUACCCAACGACCUACAACUCAGACUUCCUAUUCUUUAUCUACACUGACCACAACACAUGGAUCCACGCCAUCAUCAUCUCUAUCCACACUCAACAGAACUACUGGACUGGUUACAACAUUCAGAUCUACACAUCUGACCAGUACAAGCACUGUUACAACAUUAUCAUCAACUAUAAUCACAUCAAUGCCUACAACUUCAUCUCUCAAGUCUACUCAAAAGCCAUGCACUGGCAAUAGUAACCAGCAGUGUUCAGAUAAUUCUACUACCGGAGAAUGUGUCUGCAAAUGUGUAGACGGUUUUAUUGGAGAUUCAUGUGAAUUUGGAAAAAAUGUUACCGGAACCGUUAUAGAUACACAGAAGCAACCAAAGAGGCAAAUAAAUGUAUUGAUAUCUAUAAGCUUAACUUACAGCAACAUUACGAUUAAUAGUUGGAAGAAUAUGUUAUAUACACUUCUUAUUGAGAUCUACACGACCGCUUCACCGGAGUAUUUUGUAUCAAUAACAUCUUUUAGCUUCAGUGCCGGGAGCAUUCGUGUGAACAGUACAGCAGAGUAUGCUUAUCCAAACAACCAAUCUGGCAUUAACUUUAUAAAUACAAAUUUAUCGGAUGCCGUCAACAGUUCAUUUACGCAAUCAUUGGCUAAAAUCACAAGCUUGGUGAAUGGCAACACUCAACUGCUUAAUAUUAUACCUAGUACUGCCUCUAUAAAUAAUGUCACAGAUUUGUUGCCAUACAUGAACUGCUCGCUGGGAUAUCCAGAUUACACCAUAGAAUGCAAUGCUCUGUACUGUUUCUGUGUAGGACCUUGUUUAAAUAAUCCAGCCUUCUGCAAUCAUCAUGGAGAUUGUCAAAACACAAAUGAUGGUGCAGCUUGCACGUGUUAUCAGUAUGAUUUUUACCAAUACGGUGGUGCAGACUGCAGUACUUAUGAAAGGAGUGCCGGUUUUUAUGGUUUAAUAUUUGGUGUAAUUGGCGGUGCGCUCCUGCUCCUGAUUGUUUUAAUCUUUGCUGUAUUCGUUUUCAAAAAUAAGAAAAAGUCACGUCUUUUUGAAGAGAGACGGAAUUCCAAACGAUGGUAUUCUUUGGAUGAAGAGAACUGGAAUUUCAAACACACAGAUCUCGACCCCUUGUCCUCCCUUGGGAGUUUUUCUAAGUCUGGAAGAUAUGACUUAGAAGGAAGCCAAUCUGGCAGCAGUGAUCUUUCUACUGGAGUAUAUCGUCCCAGAUUGGAAACUGUAGAUACUUCACAAGAGUACAAAAUAAAAAGACCAGAGCUGGCUCCACAAGAUGACAAGGAAACAUGAUUUGACCACGCAAUGACAGUUAAUAUAUCGAAUUUUACUGUCCUGUGUUGGUAUUAACAAACUAUUCGAAGCAAAUGUAUUUUCCCCAUGUAAAUGGAAAAGAACAAUGUAACUACGGUCUUGUCAUUCAUCAUAUGAAAUGGAUAAAUCAUAUGCACUUUCAUUUUA